CCUUAAAGCCUUGCCCGAAAAUCUUGUACAGUGGACCCUUAAAAAGCCCGACACCAUAUAAAUAUUUUUUUGAGGUUAUGCCGGUGUCAAAAACACUCAACUCAAAACAAUCAAACUAAUUUAAUAUAAACAAGUAAGAAAAAGAAAGCCAACUGAUAUAGUAUAAAUAUAUUAUUUUUUAUUUUUUUUUAAAAUCAUAUAUUAAAAAACAAAUAAUGGAGGAAGCUCUUCAUUGUCCACCAACUUCAAAAUUAUCAUUCCAAGAACAAAUUUAUAAUGUCCAACUUUCACCUUUUGAAUGGUCUCAAAAUCUAAUAUGUAUUGCAUUUAGUGAAGAAAUUGCAGUUGGGACUGUCAAAUUUCAAGAUGAAGAUGAGACACUAGAAGAAAUUGUUUACACUCCAAUUAGAACUUUUCAUCAUGACACACGUGUUCAUGCGAUUAGCUGGAGUCCAGAAACAUCACUUAGUGUCGUGCCAAAAAUUUUAGCUUUCUGUGUUGCUGGUGCUGACUUCAAAAUUCGUCUUUACAACAGUGACCUCAACGAUACAAAUACACUUGAGAUUCUUGGUGAACAUAAAGAUUACAUCAACGACAUAUCCUAUGAGUCUGAAGGUGAACUUCUUGCUUCAGUAUCAGAUGAUCACAGCUGCAAGUUGUGGACAAUAAAAGAUGAAAAAAAAUGUCUGUCAACAUUUUCUUUAACUUCACCUGGCAUGAGUGUUUGUUGGCACAGUGAGGAAUCUGGAAAAUUACUUGUUGCUGAAAAAAAUGGUUUGAUUCAUAUGUACAAUAUUCGUAGUCAUCAGGCGAUAAUGUCUCUUGACGCUGGAAUUGUUCCACUGUCAUCUGCUGAUUGGUCACCAAAUUCAUUAAAUGUCGCUUGUCUUGCUGCUGGUGAACUUAUAUUUUGGGACGUAUCAAGACCAAGUAGACCACUUGAUUCUCGUACUUUAUAUGUCGAGGGUGGCACUGUUCUUAAAUUUUUAUCAUCAAACGAAUAUCUCAUUGCAACAAUUGGACGACCUGAUAACAUCUUGAAAGUCACUAAUUUAAGAACAAAAAAAGUUGUGUUGUCAGCUGAUUUGCAAUUAUAUGGUGGACUUAGUUGGCAUCAUAAAUUGCCAUAUGUUUGUGCUGGAAAUGAUCGAGAAAUUCACUUUUGGAGAAUAAAAUCAAAGUAAACAAAAAAAAUCAAAAAAACCACAUAUGUAUAUUUCAUAAAUACAUAUAAAAAAAGAAAAAAAAAAUAAAGUGUAUUUUUAUAUCAGUGUUAUUUCACAGACACUUAAUUCUUCUUUUACUAAUCUUAAUUUUCGUUUUAAAAUAAAUUAAUUGGAUUC